AUGACUGAUGGCUAUGAGUGUAUUACGAAACCGAGAUCCAAGUCAGUCUCUUUCAUCUCGCACAACACAACACUGGGGAUCGGGGCUGAGAACAAUGGAGCCGAAGAUCGCUUUGGCAAGCGACUGGUCCUUCCGUCUGCUAUUGCGGGACAAUGUGCACACUCUAUCGAUGACACCUCAUCUCACAGGACAGUCCGACAUGACUCAUUGGGAGUGGAUCCUAUGACCGUGGUGUGGAAUUCAGGAAGAGACACCAAACAGGAUGCCGCACCUGCGACGGAGCCUUUCUCGUCCUCGCCGAGAACCAAUGAAUCACGGCACCACAUGAUCGGCCUGAAUGAUCCAUUUGAUCCCUCAAACCCGAUCACGAGCCAUCGAGAAAGUCAGGAAAUGUACGAAGGCACGGUUUUCGAGCAAGCCUCCUUCCCAAGACGGAAGUCUAGUUGUGUUCUCGUUAACCGAAGGAAGUCCGUCUAUUCCGUCGAGGAGGAGAAGCUGGUGCGCAUGAUCGGAAAGAAGCGCUUGAGAUGGACUAAAUGGGUUGUUCUUGCCUUGUUCGUGAUGGCGAACGCCGCCUGCAUUGCUAUCAGCUGGAUAUACCCCAAGUACUGGUGGGUUUUCGCGCCUGUCAUACUCCUCGGCAACGCACUGAACUCAUGUAUGGUUCUCAAUAUCGUACGAUGGUUCCUCUGGGACCGAUUCGUGGAGCUCGUCAAGGGGAACACCGCGUCCCCCUCUGUCGAGAAGCCGACUACGAUUGCAAUGGUUCUUGCUUGCUAUAGCGAAUCCUACCAUGAGCUUGUGUCGACCAUGGAGUCCCUGGACAAGCAAGAAAAGAUUGAACAUCAUAACAGAAUGUUCAUCAUCGUGUGUGACGGCAUGGUGAAAGGGAAAGGCGCCGAGAAGACAACGGACCGAAUACUGGUUGACGACAUCCUCAAACCUGAAAGAGAAGAUUUUUUGCAACGGCAUACGAAUCAUGGGAUGGACCAUCAACGGUCUUUACGUUUCGUCUGGCUAUUGGAGGGGAACACCCUUUCGCACAUGGUCCACCAGAUUCGCGCUCUUGCUGGCGAAGAUCGCAACUUCAUCGUACUGAUCUUCUUUCGUUUCCCUCACAGCCAGACCACUAUGUCCCUUAACGCCAUCGCAUACACGGACCCGCCCAAUGGCCUGUCAGUCUUUUUAUCACAGCGGAAGCGCUGGACUCUCAGUACCUGUGCGAACGACAUGCUUAUCGUGGCCAAAUCCCAAAUGAACUGGUUCGAGCGUAUAUGUUCAGCCGCUGACGUUCUUACAUGGUUUCUGCCAGUCUUCAUCGCACAAACGGUGGCCCUCUUCAUCAAGGCUUGCAUCAAUGUUGAAGAUCCAACUUUUAUCGUUUGCUUCGCAAUCGUUACUAUGAUUCCUUUGACGUACGGGUUGUUUGUGGCAUUCUGGGGAUGCAACACCAUUCGGCUCAAGAUCCAGUACCUUAUGGGCUUUGCGUUGGUGGUAUUGCUGGGUCAAUUUGUUACUCCAGUCGUCAUCGUCUAUGCAAUCUGGCAUAUGGAUGAUUUCAGCUGGGGAAAGACCAGGGAAGUAGAAGUCACAGACGAUCCGGACAGCAAGCCCGCUCAUUCUGAAUGA